UAAAUCCUGGCACUUACCCCUCCAAUCCAAUCUUCUUGGGACGUUCUUGGAUUGGUUCUGGCAAGAUGGUUUCGGAGAAAUGGAAUAUCAGCUCAAUGCUGCUGUUCUCGACGGCUUUGUUGGCACUGUCGGCCUUCAAUUAUGGUCUGAGCGACCAGGCCUUCUCGUCGUGUCAGGCCAUGGACUCUUUCAUCCGGCAAUUUGGCAAGUACGACGCCUCAACUGAAUCCUGGAAGAUUCCCGCUCUGGACACCUCCCUAUACAACAGUAUUAAAGCAGCCGGCCAAAUUAUCGGAGUCUUCCUCGGUGGUUAUGUUAGCAACAGAUGGGGACGGCGAAUGUGCAUCUUCUCGAUGAGUGUUUAUGCUCUCGGUAGUGCUUCGGUCGUAGUUAGCUCUACCACCCAAGCUCAGCUUCAGACUGCACGAGCGCUUCACUAUAUCUACCUUGGAAUGCAAUUGGCUGUCAUUCCUACCUUCCUUGCCGAACUGGCACCCGCCAAGAACAGAGGUGGAAUUGGGGUGAUAUACUGGCUGAGUAUCAAGUGCGGUGGGCUGUUCAUCACCGGCGUGGCCCGAGCAACGAAGACAAUGACGACCGAUGCCGCAUGGCGGAUCCCGUUUGGCCUCAUCCUCGUCAUCCCCUUCAUAGUCCUCUGUUUGGUCUGGUUCAUUCCCGAGUCACCACGCUGGUAUCUCCUCCGCGAUCGUCAGCGCGAAGCCCUCCAAGCCCUCACGGCCCUCAAGCCGAAGAAUACUCCUGAACAAGUCAUUCAAGAAGAGUUCGAUGUUCUCUCUGCCAAGGUGGCCGAGCAACUCCAGAAGAAGUCGUUCAGGGAUGUCUUCACUCUCCAGAAUCGACAGCGUACCUUUGUGGUUGCUGCCACAAACUUCUUCCAGCAGGCGACUGGUCAGGCUUUCGCCUCGCAAUACGGAACCUUGUUUGUCAAGCAAUUGAAGUCGGUCAAUCCGUUCAGCGUGACCCUCGGUACUAACGCUGUGGAUAUUGGCGCCAUUAUCAUUUGUGCAUCGUUGAUUGAUAUCGUCGGACGUCGAAUGCUCUUCCAUACUAGCUCAUCACUCCAGACCGUGGCUCUGAUGACCAUGGGCGGUCUUGGCACCGCGGAUUCCAGCAAUGUCCACGCCAAGCAGGGGAUUGUAGCCAUGCUCCUGCUCUUCAGCUUCAGCUGGUCUCUGGGUUGGGCCCCCCUGGUAUACGUGUUGGGUGCCGAGCUUCCCUCUUCUCCUCUCCGUGAGAUGACGCUUCAGAUCGCAUAUACCGUCAAGCUAGUCACCGAAUUCGCCGUGACUUUCACAUAUCCUUACAUGGAAACGGCCGACACCCCGCAUCAUGUUGAUCUCGGCGGUAAACUAGGCUUCAUUUAUGGUUCCCUGUCAGCAUUGGCUUUUCUCUUUGGAUGGUUCUUCAUUCCCGAGACCAAGCAGUUGGAAAUCGAGGACCUUGAUAAGCAGUUCGGUAUCUUCAAGCUUGCGGAUGCUGAAGAGCUGACGAAGGGAGAACGGGCCGUAAUCACCGAAUUUCCUCAGUAGAAAAGCAUUUUGGAGCGUCAUGGAUUCGAACUUUGAUGGCGAAUUUGAUUUCAAGUAUAGGUUUGGAUGGUAUUAAUUG